AUGAGAACUGUACCAGUGUCCAAGGCGAUUCCGGGGAGGAGACAGCCCCCGAUGCUGCUAGGGCUAAGGUCAUCAACGCCGUUCAUUGUGGCGACAAUCUGGAUGUCCACCUUCACGGACUUCCUUCUCUAUGCAAUGGUAAAUUUCGAGACCUAUCCCGUCACUAGUGAUCCGGACAAGCCUAACGACCUUCAGAUUGUCCCCGUCAUGCCAACAGCACUAGUAACUCGCGCUGGAGUCGAGUACAAAGACCGAGAAUACUGGGUCAGCGUCCUCUUAAUGUGUGAAGCCGGCACAGCGCUCCUCCUCUGCCCCGUCUUCGGCUACCUAAUCGACAGCGCACGCACACGCCGACUCCCCUUCCUCGGCGCGCUAAUCCUACUGGCAGGCUGCAUGGGUGUACUACAUGUAUCCCGUUCGCUAGCCAUGUUCGUAGCGGGUCGCCUGCUCCAAGGCUGCGCCGGAGCGCUGGUCGUGGUCGCUGCCUUCGCACUGAUUAAUGACUCCGUGCCACAGGAGAACCUCGGUCAGACGAUUGGGUAUCUUGGGUCAGCUAUUGCGUCGGGCUUUCUCUUAGGCCCCUUCCUGGGUGGGCUGGUGUAUCAUGCUGGUGGGUAUGAUGCAGUGUUCUGGGUGGCAUAUGGGAUUAUUGCAGUGGAUUUUGGGAUGCGGGUUGCUAUGAUUGAGAAUGGGAGUGCGGAGAGGUGGGAAAGUAGCAGUGCUAAUAAUGGAGGUGGAGGACUGCAGGCAGAGGUGGUGGUGCGUCCUGAUCGGUUGGAAGAACUACCGAGGAGUCGAGUCUUUGUCUUGCUGCGUAUGCUCACGCAGCGCCGAGUGCUGGUUUCCUCGUGGGCGCUCCUGGUGCAUGGGAUAUUGCUGUCUGCUUUUGACGCAACACUGGCCAUCUUCGUCGAAUCGCGCUACGAAUGGUCCGCCUUUGGAAUGGGCCUGAUCUUCCUCCCCAUGGCGAUUCCCGCUUUCUUCGAGCCGUUUUUCGGCUACUUCACAGACCGCUGCGGCGCCCGCUUCGUGGCCUUCACCUGCUUCUUCCUCCUCUCCCCAUCCCUGAUCAGCCUCCGCUUCGUCGAACCCAAUGAUCCGCCGCAUAUCGCCCUGCUAGUCAUUCUCCUCUUCCUGAUCGGGGUAUUUAUCCACGCCUGCGCCCCAGCCAUGUACGUCGAGACGCAGCUCGCACUGUCCGAAAUGGAGCGCGCGCGCCACGGUUCCUUGGGAUCCAAGGACACGGUCGCACAGGGAUUCGGAGUGCAGAGUAUGUGCCAGUUCGCGGGCAUGUUCCUGGGGCCGCUGUGGGGAGGGUUUGUGGAGUAUCGAUUUGGCUGGGGCGCUAUGUCCGGGACGUUGGGAGUGUUGGCGGCGCUGACGGCUAUGCCGAUGCUGUGGUUGGGCGAGGGGAUCGAGUGGGACGAAGAAGAGGAGGGUGAACACCAGGCGCUGCUACAUCAGUGA